UUGCAAUAUAGAAAGGUCACUGACCCUUUUGAUUAAUGCCUACAUAUUUAUGUGGGCGUAAUUUUGAAUUUUUGACACAUUGAAAAGUGGCAGCAUGUUCAAGCCCUAUAAAAACUGAGUCAUAACGAAACCGGCUUGUUAAUGUACAACCAAACACUGUAAUGUUUUAUACAUAGUAUUAGUGGAAGGUAAUAUAUAUGAUACUAACCACAAGCAUGAGAUGAGAUAAGUGCGAGUUAUAAAGCACGAUCACACUGACAGAAAUGUUUUAAAGUGAAAAUUCCUAUUUUUUUAACUCAUUAAAAAAAAGUUUAAUUUAAAAACAUUUAUUGACCACUCUUUUCUUUGCUACUAAAAUAGGAUACAGUAAUAAAUUGAUAAAUCAUAUCAGUUACGGAAGUUCAGUAUAAUAAGAAAUAAGCAUUUGUAAGCCUCUGUAUAUACUUUACGUGAUUUUUUUUUUUGAUAAAAAUGAAUAUGUGCUAGUGAAAUUGUAAAUGUAUAUAAUACAUUUGUUGUUGUAGUAUGUUUGUUUUCAUAUGAGAUUACUUAAGAAAGUAUCAGAUACUCUUGAAAGCAGUCAACUUUGCGCCGUUCUCUUGGGAGGUGCACAUAUUAAUUAGGUUAAAAAAUAUUGUUAGUGCAAUUAAGUUGAUCUUAAAAAAGAUAUGUGGUUUAAAAAGUGAAUUUUACAAAUAUCGCUCGUUUUAUUGAGCUGAUCAUUCAUCUUGCAUAUCAUUUAUUACGAGUUUAUUUAUUUACUUUUUUGUGAAAUCACAAAAACUGCUGACAUAUGCAAUUAAAUUCAAUAAAACAGGCCUUUUCUAAAAAUUUGGAAAUGUAUUAGUCUAUAUAUACGCAAGAUUUCUAAAGAAAAUUGACCAGUGCUUAUUAUUGUGUUCAGAAAUUUGUUUCAUGACUUUAUUAAUUACAUUUCUUAUAAAUGUACAUUGUACAAGACACUUGUUGAUCGCAAGCGCGAAAUAAAAAUAAAUCAAGAAAAAUAUCGCACUAAAUAAACUACAUCAGACAAGUUUUACGUUGAAAUGCUGUUACAAAAAUUAUUUACAAAACUGAACAAGAAUUAAAACUUUGUAUUUGUUGCUUUUUACGUCAUGGCUGCAAUUGACGUUGAUAUUAAAGCUUAUCGGAAAAGCAUCGAUAUAUAUUUCCAUCAACUAAAUUAUACAACACAAGGAAAAAAAGGAGUUAAAAUACUUCAUGAUGUUUCUGGGAAAUUCAAUUCUGGAAAAUUGACGGCAAUUUUGGGACCAUCCGGUGCGGGAAAAACGACUCUUCUGAAUGUGUUAUCAGGAUUCAAGUGCAAAGGGGUUGAUGGCAGUAUUUUUGUAAAUGGAGAAAUUCGCGAUAAGAAGGACUUUCGAAACAAGUCAUCGUACAUUCCACAAGAAUUUCCUAUGUUAGGAAAAUUGACAACGCUUGAGACCCUAAGAUUUGGGGUGGACUUAAAACUAUCGAAGAAAAUCUCAACCGUGGUCAAGCAAAAGAUUAUUUCAGACAUAACCCAAGUUUUGAAUUUGGAGAAAUGCUUGAGUACUCGAGUGGAGAAACUUUCGGGGGGAGAGAAGAAGCGGCUUUCGAUUGGCGUAGAACUCAUCACAAAUCCACCAGCAAUGUUCUUUGAUGAGCCUACAAGUGGGCUAGAUAGUGUCUCCUGUGUCCAGGUUGUGACCCAUCUGAGGGACUUGGCACAUUCUGGGAGGACAGUGAUUUGUGUUAUUCAUCAGCCCUCUUCUCGCAUACUGGAACUCUUUGAUGAUCUUUAUGUUCUCUCUGAAGGCCAAUGCGUGUAUAGUGGUGCUGUUGAUGGCAUAAUUGAAGCAUUCCAUAAAGCUGGAUAUAACUGUCCCCAAUACUACAACCGUGCAGAUUUUGCUCUAGAAGUUGCCAGUCGGGAAAAACAAGGAAAUUUUGAAGAAUUGGUGGAGAAUGAGCGAAAGAAAUAUACGUCUACAUUUGAUAACAACCAAGAAUCUCACGAAGAACUAACGUACGUGUCUAAAUCGGAAUCACCUGAAUCAACGCAUAAAUUAGUGCAACAACGUAAUCGAAAAUUGAUAUACCCCAUAUCAACAUGGAAUCAAUUCCUAAUCUUGUCCAGGAGAGCACUUCUAUGCACCUACAGAGAUUUCUUCUUCGCUCAACUCAGGAUUAUAACUCAUAUAGUUGUUGGUGUCCUUCUUGGAUUAGUCUUCUACGAUAUUGGAUCGGAUGCUGCUAAAGUGUUAACUAACAUAUCUUGCUUGUUCUUCUUCCUACUCUUCAUCUUCUUCGCAAACAGCAUGCCAACAGCGUUAUCAUAUCCAUCUGAAACAUCUGUUUUUCUUAGAGAGCAUUUGAACAAUUGGUACUCCCUUGGAUCGUAUUUUGCAUCAAAAAUAAUUGCUGAUCUUCCUUUGCAAAUAAUUGGUCCAAGCAUUUUUAUUUUAUGUGGAUAUUUUCUAUCUGGACAACCGAAUGAUGAAAAUCGCUUUGCAAUGAUGUGGAUGAUUUGCUUUCUUAUGGCAAUUAGUGCCCAAGCAAUGGGAUUACUGGCAGGAGCAGCUUUUAAUGUACAGAUGGGAAUUUUCCUGAUUCCGGCAUCGUGUGUUCCAAUGUUGGUGUUUUCGGGAUAUUUUAUUCGCUUCAGUGAACUCCAUUUUAUGUUUAAACCUAUGAGCUAUAUCUCUCUCUUUCGUUAUGGCUUCGAAGGAUCCAUUCAAGCUAUAUACGGAUUCGAUCGCGGAAAUCUGACAUGUUCUGACCCAUUCUGUUACUUCAAAACCUCUGAAAAAAUACUCAAAACUUUAGAUAUGACUGAGGACAGGUUCCAGUGGGACGUAUUGGGUUUAUUUACUUGGGCUGUUAUUUUCCAAAUUGGAGUAUUUAUUGCUCUCAAAAUUCGUUUAAGAAAGGCUCAAUAAUUGGGAUUCUUAAAAGUAUAUUUUAAGUUAUUGGUGAACAAUUCUAUGACAAUAAUUAUAAUAAUUCCGUCAUAAACAAAUAAAAAAAUUGUAUUUUUAUACAAUUAACGUACAAAAUGUAAUAAUUAAUUACAUUCCGAUUUUUUAUAACAGGUUUUUAGGAUGAUGUUACAUUACGGUAUUUUUUGUAUUUGUUUUUUUUUAACUUGGUAUUUUUGUUACUGAAUAAAGAUAUUAUGCAGACAAACAA